AUGUUAUUUCAUAAUAGCUUGAAACAACAAGAAAAACUCUACAACGGAGCCACUGAACUCAAGUGGAAAGAACUAUACAUUUCAUCGACGAAGAAGCCUCAGCUUUGUGUAACAGCUGCCGAGGUGCGAAGUGUUCGCUUCUCCCAGGAGCCAGCCGACCAGUCCGUGGUCCUGGGCGAGCGAGUGGUUCUCUCUUGUGUGGUCUUCAACUACAGCGGCAUUGUCCAGUGGACUAAAGAUGGCCUGGCGCUCGGUGUUGGCGAGGGCCUCCGUGCGUGGCCACGGUAUCGAGUGCUGCGGGCACUGGACACGGGCCAGUAUAACCUGGAAAUUUCCCACGCCGAGCUGUCCGACGACUCGCUGUAUGAGUGCCAGGCCACAGAGGCCGCCCUGCGUUCCCGAAGGGCCAAGCUCAACGUCCUCAUCCCGCCCGAGGACCCAGUGGUGGAGGGCACCCCGGAGCUGCUGCUCAUGGCCGGCACGCCGCACAACCUCACCUGCGUCACCCACGGUGCCAAGCCGGCCGCACACAUCCAGUGGAUCAAGAACGGGCUGCUCGCCGAAGGCGCCCACCAGUCCACGGAGGUGCUGCCUGACCGUAAGAGGGUGACCACCAGAAGCUACCUGCCCAUCGUGCCGUUGGACACCGACAGUCACAGCAACUUCACCUGUGUGGCCAGCAACCCAGCUGUCCCCAUGGGCAAAAGGGCCAACGUCAUGCUCAACGUGCACCAUCCACCGACGGUGACGUUGUCUAUUGAACCACGCUCGGUUCUGGAGGGCGAGAGGGUCACCUUCACCUGCCAAGCCACCGCCAACCCGCCCAUUAUGGGCUACAGGUGGGCGAAGGGUGGCGUGCUGCUAGAGGGCGCCCGAGAGAGCGUAUUUGCCACCACAGCCGACCACUCCUUCUUCACCGAACCUGUGUCCUGCCAGGUCUUCAACGCGGUUGGCAGCACCAAUGUUAGCAUCCUGGUAGAUGUACACUUUGGACCCAUCUUGGUGGUAGAACCCCGGCCCAUUGCAGUGGACGUCAACUCGGACGUCACCCUGAACUGCAAGUGGUCUGGAAACCCUCCACUUACCCUCACCUGGACCAAGAAAGGCUCCAACAUGGUGCUUAGUAACAACAACCAGCUGUACUUGAAGUCAGUGAGCCAGGCGGACGCCGGCCAGUACGUGUGCAAGGCCAUCGUGCCGCGCAUCGGCGUGGGAGAGACUGAAGUGACGCUCACAGUCAAUGGCCCACCCAUAAUCUCCAGUGAUCCAGUCCAGUACGCUGUCAGAGGCGAGCGAGGCGAGAUCAAGUGCUACAUUGCCAGCACACCCCCACCGGACAAGAUUGUGUGGGCGUGGAAGGAGAACGUCUGGGAGAAGGAGAAAGGCACGCUGAUGGAGCGCUACACGGUAGAACAGAGCAAGCCGCCAUUACAAGGCGGGGCCGUCCUCUCCACGCUCACCAUCAACAAUGUCAUGGAAUCAGACUUCCACUCGCCAUACAACUGUACCGCCUGGAACUCCUUUGGGCCCCGCACCAUGAUCAUCACCUUGGAGGAGACUGACAUUGUCCCGGUGGGCAUCAUCGCCGGGGGGACGGUGGGCUCGUCCAUCCUCCUGCUCAUGCUGCUCCUGGUUCUUGGCUUCUUCCUCUACCGCCAACGCAAAGGCAGUCACCGAGGAGUGACGCUGGGUAAAGCCGAUAUCAAAGUGGAGACGGUCAACAAGGAGACGCAUAAUCUGGAGGAGGAGGGAGCCAACGUCUCCACGGCCACGCGCAUGGUCAAGGCCAUGUACUCUUUUCUGCCCUCUGUCUCCCUCUCUCCAUCCACUCAGCCCUUCAAAGACGAAAUGGACCUCAAGCAGGACGUGCGCAAUGAGAGCGACACGCGGGACGAGUACGAGCUUAAGGAUCCAACAAACGGCUACUACAACGUACGAGCAACCACCCACGACGAGGCUCGCCCUCAGUCACGUACCGUCCACUACCAAGGAGAUUUCCGCUCCCCGAACCCAAGCAGUGCGGGAGGUGGAGGGGCCGUAUCUGCUGCAACAACUGCGCCCCCCACCGGCGCUGUCCCCCCCAGCGGAGUGCCGGGGUCCCGGGCCGGCUGCUAUGACCCACGUCCACCUUCCCGCAUGUCCCACUCGACCUACGCCCAGUUCAGCACCCUCUCCCGUACGGCCGCCACACAGCAGGCUGCACCCAAUCUGCCCGGGGACUACCCAGGGGAAUGCGGAUUGCUGGACGGUACCACCCAGCUGUCUUACGACAACUAUGGAUACCCCUCGCAGUACCACAGCUAUCGCGUGGCCUUCGCACCACCCGUGGAGGAGGGCCCGGCUUAUGAGAUGUACCCCACGGGACCAGGGAGGGGAUCUGGCCAGCAGAGCCCAGAAGCGGAGCUCGGGAAGUAUGGCACCGCCACCCGCUUUUCGUACUCAUCACCACCUUCUGACCACUCGCAGAGACACACACAGAGGAUGCAAACUCACGUGUGA